GCUGGAGUUCAAGGAGGAGAUGCUGAGGAAGAGGUAUGAAGAGGAGGUGGGCUCUCUGGCGGAGGAGAGGGCGAAGCAGGAGGCAGAGGAGCACCGCUCCCUCAUGACCUGGAACCAGGAGGAGAACCUCCGCAUGCUCAAGAUCAGGGAACUGAGGGUUCAGAAAGAGGUGGAAGCAGCUGAGGUCAAGAAGGCCGAGGCAGCCAUUCUGCGAGAGCAGGCCAUGGAACACUUUGUCAAAGAGAAGGAAGGGGAGAUAAUGCGCUUCCAGGAGGAAGCCAAGAACUUCAUCACCCUGGAGAACCUGGACCAGCGUAUUGAGGAAGCCCUGGACGACCCUAAGAACUAUAACUUUGCCAUCGACAAAGAUGGCCGUGUGGUGAAGAGGACUGUGCUGCAGUGAGAGAGACUGAGGAUGGCUGGGAGUGUAGGGUGAAGUUGCCCCUAGACUCUGAUCUGGGUUCAGUUGAGCUUUUUUUCCCCACUAAUGGUUACUAAGGUUACGAUUGUGGGAGGGGAAGCUGACCCUAAUAUGGUAUGGUGAGGCCCCUGGCAAUUCCCAGCCCUAGUUUCUAUUGGACAAAUUCAGGUAGGUCCGUCCCCCUGUUUAGUUUGCUUCCGGUUUGUUCUGUUUGGUUCCUAGUGAAUACAGCCCUGAUUUUGUUAAAUACCUUCCUAUUCAUGCGUCUGCGAUGUAGUUUGGCAGGAACUCAAUCUUAUAAAGGACAGCCUACUCUGUGUGUGAUGAACGAUCUCCUGGCACGGUUCCCCAUGUCUCCACCAGUUUGGUUAUGGGGGUGCUGUACAACUUCAAUCUAUGGACUUUACUUCAGGCUUGUAGUUCUCAUCUGUCAAGUACACAAUGGGAACAUUAUGUAAUAAAUAAUUAUGUUUCUUCCUGA